ACUUUUUGUCUGAGAUCACAUCCGCCGUAAACAACAAUAAGGAAGUGGAGCGGGUCCUAAAGUGUAAAAUGAGACCGUCACGCUAACUUUAUUGAGAGUGAUUUUUCAUUUUCGACGUGCACAAGUCCGGAUUAUAAUGCAAUAGAGUUCAAUUCUCACAAGCGACGAUGGAGGGCUCUAAGUCGUCGAGCACAACCAUGCAGGUGAGCUUCGUGUGUCAGCGAUGCUGUCAACCCCUCAAAUUGGACACGUCCUUCAAUGUGCUCGAUCGAGUCACUAUCCAGGAACUUAUUGCUCCGUUGGUCACAGUGACACCGAGCAAACAGGUUGACAGCAGUGAGGGGGAGACAGCACCAGAGGAAACCUUUGUCGAAAACAAGCAAGAUGGGGUGUCAAGAAAAUACAUACCUCCUGCACGGAUGAUGUCCACAGAGAGUGCCAAUAGCUUCACACUGAUUGGAGAAGCAUCUGAUGGAGGAACAAUGGAGAAUCUUAGUCGGAGGUUGAAGGUGACCAGUGAUCUGUUUGACAUCAUGUCAGGCCAGACUGAUGUGGACCAUCCACUAUGUGAGGAAUGUACUGACACUCUACUGGACCACUUGGACACACAGCUCAACAUUACAGAGCAUGAAUGCCAGAAUUACAAGCAGUGUCUGGAGUUGCUGUCACACCUGCAGGUGGAGGAAGAGGAGACCCUACUAGCAGAGCUGCAGCAGCUAAAAAAGCAGGAGGAGGCUCUGGUCUUGGAGCUGGAAGAAGUAGAGGGGCAGAGGGCUACUGUGGCUCAGGACCUGGCCCAGAGCAGGAUUCGCUCUCAGCAGCUGGACACAGAGGAGCUACAGUACCAGAAGGAGUACAGUGAGUUUAAACGGCAGCAGCUGGAACUGGAUGAUGAGUUGAAGAGUGUUGACAACCAGAUGCGUUACUGCCAGACUCAGCUAGAUCGCCUGAAAAAGACCAAUGUCUUCAAUGCCACUUUUCAUAUCUGGCACAGCGGCCAGUUCGGUACCAUCAACAAUUUUCGUCUGGGCCGACUCCCCAGCGUCCCAGUGGAGUGGAAUGAGAUCAACGCAGCCUGGGGGCAGACGGUGCUGCUGCUGCACGCUCUGGCUAACAAAAUGGGACUGCGCUUUCAGAGAUAUCGUCUUGUCCCAUAUGGAAACCACUCAUACUUAGAGUCGCUGACAGACAAGUCCAGGGAGCUUCCUCUUUACUGCUCAGGUGGCCUGAGGUUCUUCUGGGACAAUAAAUUUGACCAUGCAAUGGUGGCCUUCCUGGAUUGUGUCCAGCAGUUCAAAGAGGAGGUCGAAAAAGGAGACACUGGCUUCUGCCUCCCUUACAGGAUGGAUGUGGAGAAGGGCAAGAUCGAGGACACAGGUGGCAGCGGAGGCUCCUACUCCAUUAAAACCCAGUUUAACUCUGAGGAGCAGUGGACAAAAGCGCUUAAGUUUAUGCUCACCAACCUGAAGUGGGGACUGGCCUGGGUCACCUCACAGUUCUACAACCGAUAAACCUGUCAGACAGUCCCUUGGAUUGAGUUUUGCAUAUGCCCCUUUGAUAAAUGGAUUUUGUGUGAAUCUUACUUGGCCAAAGGAAAAGAAAUGGUUGUGUGUGUGCACCAUCUUGCAGGUCCUAUCAGGACUACUUUUCUCCUGUAGGUUGUCUGUGUUUUUACAUGUUACAAAGAGAAGGUAAUUCCAGUUUGUUCUGCAAAGUGGAGAUUAUAAACUGUGAGCUGUAGUCAUGUUGCUCAAAGCAAACAGGAUAAGUUAACUAUUUGUUCCUUUUUGUGUGCUUCACUAAUACCUGGAAUUUUCAAUUCUGUUGACAGUUUUACACUUCCUCAUGCUAGAAUGUACUUUAAAACAAAUGUUCCCCAAAUUCACUUGUAACCACUCACUUUCAGGGUAUCCUUGGUCUUUUGUUGCAUUGCAUACCUUUGAAAUCACUUUGUAGCUCUCACCACAGUUUGUCAAUUAUAUAAGCUGUAAUUUUGAUGUGAUAAUUAUAGUGAAGAUAGGAUUUUUAAUAAAUAACAGUUAAGUAUUCAACAGGAGUCAGUAUUCCAUUAACCUUGAGUGCUGUUAUCACGUUUGCCAAUAACACACAUACUUUGCAGGCAAACUUGUAUUUAGAGAAAACAAUAGAGCUACUUUGUUAAUAGUCUGAACCAUUACAUGAAUUCUUAGAUAUAAUGAAUACUUUUAACAGUGGGAUCUGAAUUAAUAAAUCUGAAACAAAAUGAACAGUGUGCUG